GUAACAAGCACGGUAUUGUUAGGUAUGGUUUCCGGGUACCUGGUAUCAACUGCCCCAACAUUGGAAAUACGGGUGUUCUGAAUAGAUACAGAUCACAAAGCAAUGACAGUUUAUUUUGAUUUUUGUUCUAGGAUAAGACAAUUACAGGACAACUACAGGAGGUGAUCGCAAUCGUGAAAAUAUUAGAGCUAGGUACUGAGAUGUUUGUAAUCCUUUGAUAAGUUAUUUCAUAAUCAAACAAUGGAGAAACUGGACAGAAGCGGCGAGUCCGAUCCUCUUCUUGUUCAGCCGAUCCAACCUUUAUCGCGUGUAACUUGCAAGGUUUACAAAAGGCGAUGGUACGUCUUGUUCGUGUUUUCUGCUGCCGCUAUGACAUCAAACGUGAUGUGGAAUACAUGGGGCCCUAUAACUAGCCCAAGUAAAAUGGCGUUUGGCUGGUCCGAGGAAAGUGUUCUGCUAGUAACAUCCUGGGGAUCCAGCGCAUCUAUUAUUGGUACUGCAGCAAUGUCCCUUAUCAUGGAAAACAACGGUCUAAGAGUGACUGUCAUUACUGCUGUAAUGUUGCUAUUCAUUGGUAAAGGGACCCAAGUGCUUGCCAUGCUGUACCUCUCAAAUGUGACCCAAACCUGGCUGAUCAACCUUGGGCAAUUGGUUUCUAUGUUGCCAAGUGCUGCCUUGAAUGGGGGAGCACCUUUUGUAUCAGCGGUGUGGUUUCCAAGUAAUGAGCGUGCAACUGCGACAGCACUUGGAGUUGUUGCCACAUCUUUGGGAAUAGCUUUGUCUUUUGUGAUUGGACCACAAAUGGUUCCAGAUGAGUGUCUGGUACACAACAAAUCACAGAAAACUAAUCAAACGCUGCCUUCUCAAGAGCUUUCGCUUCAUAUGAUUUUGCAUUACAUGUAUCUUCAACUUGGGAUGGUUAUCUUACUUCUUUUCUGUGUCAUUGUGUAUUUUCCAAACAAGCCAAAACUGCCACCAAGUCAUUCAAAAGCACAGAAGAGUAUUGGGGGAGUAAAAGGUCUACAAAUGCUUUGUCUAAAGAAGUCCUUUUGGCUAUUAAAUGUGUUCUCAGCAGUUGGAUUGGGUGUUCAGAUUGGCUGGUUGUCCACACUUUCAGCAGCUGUCGAGCCAUUUGGAGUCAGUCAAAGGACAGCAGGAUGGUUGGGUUGUGUGGGUUCAUUAUCUUCUAUGGUCUCAGGUGUUUUGACUGGAAGAAUCGCUGACACGAUGAUGUACCGUUUUGAGCACCUUCUGUUGGUCCUCAUGCUUGGAGGUGGGAUUUUCCAACUUCUCUUCAGUCUGACCUGCCAGAAUAUUAUCCCAUACAACGAGUAUCUUCUAUACGCGUCCGUCAUUGGCCAAGGGUUCAUACUAUCGCCUGAGUCUUCUUUACUGUUUGAGCUGUUGAUGGAAGCGACUUUCCCCAUUCACGAAGCCAUAGUGUCUGGUAUUUACAUGGCGACUGGCAAUAUCGUGAUAUUAUUGUUUUAUAUACCUUUCCUGGUAGGGCAUGUACCGACUUGGGUGAUGAACUGGGUGUAUCUAGCAUCUCUAGGUGUAGGAAUUCCUUUUUAUGCAAUCUUUAGGGUAAAGUAUGUCCGUAUAGGUAUAGAUGAUAGUCUUGUACAUUCAACUGUUAUUAACUCUUAAAUCAAAGCUGGGGCAGGCCUCGGAAUAUUGGAAAGGGUGGGGACAAUAUAUAAAACAUUUAGAAAAUAUAAGGGCCACAGCCACGCCCUACUGGUCAUUUCCUUAUAGUU